UGGAAGAUACGGAACAAACUUUUUCUGAAACGGUGUUGGAGAAUUUCAACCUAGCCAAGGCGUACAAUUCUGUAUCUGAAACACCACAACUCUUUUUAAGAAGGGAUGAUCGGAUUUUUGGAAGAUGUCUGACAGUCGAUGAAGUAGAAAGAGAAGUAUGGUUGAGAUAUUCCUUUGACAUUGAUGGAUGCGUUGUGGAGUUUAAAUCUUUGGCCGCAAUAAGAAUGCCCGUGAGACAUAUCACACUGUUUCCAAAUGAUAAUGCAAGUCUACGGAACGUUAGAGGCCUUUUGAAAAAGCACGUCAGAUUAACAGAAUACAGUAAAAGCGAACUUAUGACCUUCUCAAACAGCUUAGGGUUCCAGCUAUUUUAUGAAAGAGGGUGGGAAUGUUGGAUAGCUUUAAUUCCUAUGCACCAGAUGCAUUCAGUUGCAUUAUCCAUUCAGCAAGUGAGACAACAAGCCCUCGCCACAUUUCUUCAGCUGAGAGAGAAUUUUAAAAAUACACUAAUGGCUCUUGCUUUGCGUGGAGAGGCUAGAAGAACUCUCGAAAAGAAUGACAUUAAUGACGUUCGAAAAAUGUUCAUUUUACCUGACGAUUGUUAUGCAAUACUCGAUGCUUUGCAAGCAUCUUUAUACCAACUGACCCAAACUGGACUUUUGAGACCAAUCAUAUUUUGCUUCCGCUUUGGUGAAAAAAUGACCUGUGGAUUAUCAUUGUCAGAUUUUAAUACCCAAUUUACAUUGCGUACAACUAUCCAUGUUGCUGCAAACAUACUGUCAGACUCUGAAGAAGUUGAUCUUCUUUGGUCUACUGCGGGAUUGCAACAAAUCAUCCGCCACAGAGGAACACUUUGUACAUGCUUAUCAUUCAAAGACUGUGCCAACUAUCAGAGCAAUCUAGAUGGAAGACCAAUGGAUAUCAAAACUUGUUUGCGGACGAUUUGUCGUUUUCCACACGAGGUGCAGUUUGUUCAACUUUACGCUGACAUUCCACAUCGUCAACCCAAUUGUCGAUAUCAUCCAGUGUCGGGUUGCAUUGUUGGAGGUAUGUGUUUCCCACGAUCGACAGCAGAGGCAUUCCUACGCGACGCUGAUCAUUAUAUAUCUACUUUGCAAAGCAACUGGACAUUACUAAGGAGAAGUACAUGUAGGAUUGAAUUUGUUGUUUCGCAGGAUUCAGUUGCUGACCAUAUAAAUGCUAUGGAUUUUAUUAAUUUAACCAAACUAGAAGUACUUUUAGAAUCUGUACCUCUGUUAGUGCCUUUUCCUUUGCAUAUUCUAACAUGCAUUCGACAUUUGGGUUUAUGGAUUUGCAAGGAACUUAAAGAAUUAUUGAACGAGUAUAAAAAAACAGGAUAUGUGCGUGCCACCUGGCAAUCCUAUCAGUUGGAACUAGCCUCCGAAAAACUUUUGUGGGGAAAGCCACUUUGUGGAAGGAGUACAUCUUACUCUAUCAAUCUAGGACCAGGAGCUCUUGGUCCCAGUAGAAGUUCAACUGACCACUAUGGAUUUCUAUCUUUAGAAGUGUACUCAACCUGUAUGCAAAACGAAUAUAGCAUUCCCCCACAAGAAAUAUGGACAACAUCUGAGGUCAUAUCUAAGAUGAUAAAACGGUCAGUGGGAUUGCACGAUCACUUGGAUGGCAGCUAUGGAGUCAUUGGUCGACAUUUGGUUGUUGCCUUACUACAUGACCUGCACGAAACUGGCAAGGCUGCCAGUUACGUUCUUUUUGAAGAUUUCCUACGAGAGAUAAAAUCUUGCAAGACAACAUUUAAGACAGUCGGUGCUGUAACAAUUAGAUCGCUGGUCAAACUGUUAACAACAAACAGAAGAACAAAUUCCCAAAUGGUUUUCCCCAGCUUGUACCUGCUCUUGGAUAAAAGUAAUAUAUCAGUGGCAGAAGUCAUAAAAGCUGGUAUUCUUGAACUUGACCUUAAACAUUUUCCAGCUGUUACAACAUAUGACAGGCAUGGGAAUAUGACACUGACUUGGUCAUUUAAUGAUAAAUUCUGGACGGUUGUAUAUGACAAACAUUCUACAGAUAUCACAGAAAACACACUUGUCACAAUAUCAGAUUUAGUAAGAGGUGAAUUGGAAAAACGGGGGCUAAUAUACCCAAGUAAGAUUAAGAAAACCCCAAAGAUUCUUCCUUGGUUAACAAUGUGCCUUCGAAGGCUCCAGAAAGAAAAUAUGGAUAUGGAACAAUUAGUAAUAACAAUGACGUAUAUCAGCUGUAUUGCACUUUUGAUGCAGGGCCAAUAUGUCGAAUAUGACAGGUUAGCUUUACUGACGAUCGACCUACCGGUAGAUAAAAACAAACUGAUCGCCUUGGAGAUUUUGUCAAAGUUGCAAUUGGCCAGCUUUAGAUUUCGCAAUUUGCAGUUAAAUCGCUUGCACUUCACCAUCCCACAUAAACUUGAAAUGUUGACAGGAGCAGAAAAGAAAAGUACGAAGAAGGGAGAAACAACGCAAUCAGAAGAGGUUACUACCAAUGACAAUAAAGUCGAAGAACUCCCCCCAAAAUACGUCGAUCAUGACAAUGCUGACGAUGACCCUAUUCUAUUUGAUAAAGACAUCGGACAUCGAAGAACUUCCACUUGCUUCCCGAUUUCUACAUCCUUGAAAGCUCCCUGGUCAGCCCAAGAGUUGGAAUUCCUGCAUGCUCAAAGGUUGGCAGAAGUUACCAUUCGUGAAAAAUACGAACGCUUUAAAUUACAGUGUUUAAGAUCAAAUAUUCCUUUCCGUACAUUUCGGGCUUUUGAAACAAAACUACAAAGACUUUCAAAUAAGUAAAUAUAUGCUGCAAGAAGCAUAAUUUAAUUGCAUUUACAUUUAACAGUUAUGUGAGUUAUAAGUCAUGUUUGAUUAUAAGCAGGAUAUUGUUGAUUUCGGAAUUUCUACAUCGGCAAUCACUAAAGCAAAUAAAUUUUGUCUAAGUUUAUUUUUG